CAGCCGGAUUUGGAGGAAUAAAUGAAAUGUUAUGAAAUUCAGAAACGUUUGUAAAGUGAUGAGUGGACAGUUUGUACGAGGGAGGAGGAAGCACAGGGAUAGCAAUCUCCUCCUCUUCCUCCUCCUGUGUGGGACUGUUUCUGCAGAGACAUCAACGAGGAGGAGAGACAUCGUCAUGAUGACAGACUUCCCUUAUGAGAAACAAACAGACGGAGACUCACUGUGGACCAAAGACCCUCCUGUCUUUCUCUCAGGAUUCUCCAGGUUCAGACGCUGGUUGCUUCCUGCUGUCACAGCUGUAGUCGCUGCAGUUGCCCUGAUCCUGAUCAUAGUGCUGGCAGUCAGCAAUGUGAAGACGUCGAACCGUUUUUCCUCUAUGGAGCAGUCCCUGAACGCCUCGAUGCAGCAGGCCCAAGAAACAGCUAAAGCGGUUGAGCUGCUGCAGGUUGCUGUGGAUAACAGCAACAACCAGCUGAACACGGUGGCGGAGGCCAUGAAGCAUCUGUCCGUCGUGGAUUCUCUCAGCAGGACCGUCGCUUCACUCAAAUGUUACCUCGAACGCAUCAUCAACAACAGCUCAGUGAGGGACGGCUGCUGUCCGGUGGGUUGGGCGCAGUAUGAGUCGGACUGUUAUUAUUUCAGCACCACGGUUCUGUCCUGGAACGACUCCAGAGUCUGGUGUGAGAAAAACGAAGGUCACUUGGUCAUCCUGCUCACGGACAAGGCAUGGAACUUUGUGACCCGCCAUACAAAUUCUCAACUCUUCUGGAUCGGUCUGUCGAACUGGAGGAGUAGACAGUGGGAGUGGGUCAACGGGAACCAGUACAGGAUGGACCGCAGGCGCUGGUUGCCCGGGCAGCCUGACGGCUGGAGAAGUCACGGCCCCAGAUAUCAAGACUGCGCUCACCUUGACAGCAUCGGACGCCUCAACGACGUGUACUGUGACACCAAGAUGCGCUACAUCUGCCAGAAACACAGCCAGCGCAUCUGAGUGAAAACCAAACCGCCACAGAGUGUUCGGAUCUCCUACGGACAGCAAACACAUCGUAGAUUGAAUCACAGAUAAAUAAUGAUGAACACAAAUUACUGUUUGUCCAAUAAAAUCUCUCAGUAGGAACUACGAAUGUUCUUCACACUUCAGCUUCUUUUAAUGCCAACUGCACUUUCAACCUCAGCUGUCUCACAAAUAUACUUCAACUGCUCCGAAGAAUCAACAGUUUAAGACUUUAAAUCAAAAAACAUUCUGAGAUUUUGGCCUAUUUUGCUUCCAUAUAUCUGCUUUCAGACUAGUGGAAGGAAAACAUCCAAAAUAUAAAUGUAUUUACUUCAUGUUGUGUGUUUAAUAACUGUCAUAAUAAGAAUAAUCAACUGGGGAAGUUUCACAUUAAUAUCUGUUGGUUCCAUGUUGAGUCUGUCCACCUGCACUGAAGGUUUCAUACAACUGAACCAGGAACAACAGAAACUGUAAAGCUGACUCUUAAAAAUACAGUUUUGUCUUUUUAAUGUUUAAUUAAAGAUAUUUACACUGUAAAAACAAUGAAACUACCUAUAAAUACAGACGAACACUGCUAUAAUACAAAUACAUUUCCAGCAGAGUGCUGUUAUUAUUGGAUUGUUAUUAUUUUAAUGUGAAUGUUAAAAGUUAUAGAACUGUAAUAAAAGUCAUUAUCUGUGA